UGAGGCUGCCUAAAUCACAACUGUGUGUCUGUUACUCACUCACGUUCGCAAAAAGCAGCUAACCUCAGUCUCAAUUCGACUCUGCCACUCUGCCGCAGAGCACACUUACGCCGGCGCGAUGGGAGGAGACCACGUUAAGGCAGGAAGCUAACAGCAGCACAGCUCACCUGAGGCCUGGGAAGCUCCCAAGGGUUCUGAGAGCUGUGAGCUCUGAUCAGCAAAGUCGCCGUUUUAGACAGUAGGGAUUCUUUUGCCUUUUCCCUAACAUAGGGUUCCGUAGCGUUUCUGUUCCCUCUGAUUAAAAGCCAGCGGAUUUAUUGCAAUAACCCUUCAAAACCAGGAAUGUGCAUUGUUUUUCUGUGAGCUGACUUCCAGAACAAGCACUCCUCAGCAGCACCCGCCCAAAUACCACGGCACUGCGCGCGCCCUCGGCCACCGGAUCCUCCCCUUCCAAUGAGACUUUGUGACUCUGUGUACCAAUUCUCCUAUUAGGAAAUCCGUGGGCUGCAUGCAGCUCUUCUGUUGUCCUCUCUUUCUUGCUCUCCUCUCUUCAACUCACAGCCUGGCUGGAAAGCUCACCUCUGUUUGCUGAGAAGAAAAAGCCCUACCUUAACCGACGAAGACUAUGUGCAGAACUCGCCUUUCAUAGCCACCAUAAUUUAAAUCUGGCAAGGUUGGACACCAGUCUUUACAAGAAUGGAGUCGGUAAAACAAAGGAUUUUGGCCCCAGGGAAAGAGGGGAUAAAGAAUUUUGCUGGAAAAUCCCUCGGCCAGAUCUACAGGGUACUGGAGAAGAAGCAAGACACCGGUGAGACCAUUGAGCUGACAGAGGAUGGCAAGCCACUAGAGGUGCCUGAAAAGAAGGCUCCACUGUGUGACUGCACCUGCUUUGGCCUGCCGCGCCGCUACAUCAUAGCCAUCAUGAGCGGCCUCGGCUUCUGCAUCUCCUUUGGCAUCCGCUGCAACCUGGGUGUGGCCAUUGUGGACAUGGUCAACAACAGCACCAUCCACCGCGGAGGCAAAGUUAUCAAGGAGAAAGCCAAAUUCAACUGGGACCCUGAAACUGUUGGGAUGAUUCACGGCUCCUUCUUCUGGGGCUACAUCAUCACCCAGAUUCCGGGUGGAUAUAUCGCAUCGCGGCUGGCUGCCAACCGGGUCUUUGGGGCUGCAAUACUGCUCACCUCGACCCUCAAUAUGUUGAUUCCGUCAGCAGCCAGAGUCCAUUAUGGAUGUGUCAUCUUUGUUAGGAUAUUGCAAGGGCUUGUGGAGGGUGUCACCUAUCCAGCCUGUCACGGGAUAUGGAGCAAGUGGGCCCCUCCUUUGGAAAGGAGUAGAUUGGCUACCACCUCCUUUUGUGGUUCCUAUGCUGGAGCAGUCAUUGCGAUGCCCUUAGCGGGCAUCCUCGUGCAGUACACUGGAUGGUCUUCGGUAUUUUAUGUGUAUGGAAGCUUUGGCAUGGUCUGGUACAUGUUCUGGCUUCUGGUGUCUUAUGAGAGUCCUGCAAAGCAUCCUACCAUUACAGACGAAGAACGUAGGUACAUAGAAGAGAGCAUUGGAGAGAGCGCGAAUCUGUUAGGCGCAAUGGAAAAAUUCAAGACCCCGUGGAGGAAGUUUUUUACGUCCAUGCCCGUCUAUGCGAUAAUCGUUGCAAACUUCUGUAGAAGUUGGACCUUUUACUUACUGCUCAUCAGUCAGCCAGCUUAUUUUGAGGAAGUUUUUGGAUUCGAAAUCAGCAAAGUUGGCAUGCUGUCUGCAGUCCCACACCUUGUCAUGACAAUCAUUGUGCCUAUCGGGGGGCAAAUUGCAGAUUUUCUGAGAAGCAAACAAAUUCUUUCAACAACUACCGUGAGAAAGAUCAUGAAUUGUGGUGGUUUUGGCAUGGAAGCCACCCUGCUUCUGGUUGUUGGCUAUUCUCACACUAGAGGAGUGGCCAUCUCCUUCUUGGUGCUUGCAGUAGGAUUUAGUGGAUUUGCUAUCUCUGGAUUCAAUGUGAACCACUUGGACAUUGCUCCAAGAUAUGCCAGUAUCUUGAUGGGCAUUUCCAAUGGCGUUGGCACACUGUCAGGGAUGGUCUGCCCUAUCAUUGUCGGUGCCAUGACCAAGAACAAGUCCCGCGAAGAGUGGCAGUACGUCUUCCUCAUCGCUGCGCUCGUCCACUAUGGCGGAGUCAUAUUUUAUGCAAUAUUUGCCUCCGGAGAGAAGCAACCUUGGGCAGACCCUGAAGAAACAAGUGAAGAAAAAUGUGGCUUCAUUCAUGAAGAUGAACUGGAUGAAGAAACAGGGGACAUCACGCAGAAUUAUAUAAAUUACGGUACCACCAAGUCUUACGGCGCCACCACACAGGAGAACGGAGGCUGGCCUAAUGGCUGGGAGAAAAAGGAAGAAUUUGUUCAGGAAGAAUCCCAAGAUGCAUACACCUUUAAGGACCAAGAUGAUUAUUCAUAACGAAGCUAGUCACUGGAUACAUUUUUAGUGUUGUGAUUAAUUGUGAUUGCACAGAAUAAUUUUAAAAAUGUGGUGUAAACAUGUAAACACAUCAACCAAGCAAGUCUCGCUGUUUAAAAAGUAUGAAUUCAAAACAGACCAUGAGAUUCCCAUCAAGCGCAAUCUGUGGAAGUUGUCGUGUUAUGUAAUUUCCAUCCGGGUCGUUCAUCCUUUCGUUUGUGAUUUAAAGGUUUACUGUAGAAAUAAGUAGGUAUUCGUUGGCCCCACCGCCUUGUGAGUGGGCACAACGGACAUAGUUGGCACAUGUCAUCCGACAGAUGUUAGGAAGCCAAAGCUACUUGAUCAUGCAAACUGCACUGAUUUAUUUAUUACAUUGGACUGCAAAAUAUCCCAGGGAAAUCCUGUCUACUGACAUGGUGAAAAUGGAAAGCUGGCUAGAUCAGGUAUGAACUAUGAUCAUUACGUGUUUAUCAUGGAUUGGCUUUAGCUUUUAAUUGAAGAAAUACAUUGUAUACUAGCUGCUAGCAACUCGUACUGAAUUAUUGUUAGGAGUGCACAGUGUGUGAUAUUUUGUGAUCUUCACAGCGCUUAUCUUGCAGUGUUUUGUGAAAUGCUUGGGUACAAACACUUAUUUUUUAUGAAAGAGAGCUUGUAACGGGAGGAGUAUGCUCCAAGCCCUCCCACUCACUACCUGACAGUAUCAAACCCUUCAUAUUUCAGUAACAUUCAACUUCCAUGUAACAUAUCACAUAACUUUUUUUGCAAAAAAAAAAAAAGAAGAAAUAGACUUCAAUGUAUUUUUUAUUACAACUUUGUACUGGUUGUAACUUGCAUUAGGAGAAAAUGAUUGAUAUAUAUAUAAUCAUAAAGAAUCUAAUAAAAUUUGCUAUGAAGCUGUAGCCCUUAAAAUGCAAUAUUAACAACAAAAUAUAUAGAAAAUGAUUUAGAUAAUCUUCCUUGAAACUAGAGACUAUAUGAAACUCAUAUCACAAAGCUAUAUAAUAUAUGAAAAGAUAAACAAUAGAGAUUCUAUAUGUAGACAAUUUUAUUACCUAACGUCCCACUUACGAGAUAUUUGUCUUGAGUAUAUAGAACAAAAUAUAUUGAAAUUAUAUCUAUAUCCCUGUAUAUCUUAUACAUAUUCACUCACACAAACAUAACAAAUACUUUUCACACAGAACCAAAAACAGCAUACACCUAAUGUUGGGUUAGGGGAUUGCAAUUUCUACUUUCAUAGAGUCAUAGAAUUUUAGAUGGAAAAAAAGGCAUUUUGCUCGUCAUUUCUUAAUAUAUUUCAACAAGAACUGCAACAUUUGUGUACCAAGCAAUAAGUGCAAAGCAUAAAACCUCCCGUUUGUAAAUUAUCCCUGUGUUGCUUGUGGUAGCAAUGAUUUCUUCCUUUUAAAAAAGUCAACAUCAGAAUCCUUUACGAUGUUCCGCGGUGAUAAGAAUGCAUAUCCCAAUCUAACGCAAAAUGUCACCUGGUGUGCUUCUGUGUCUCUUCUGGGUAUUUGAUCUGUUCCGUGUCCUGUGCUCUUGACUGGAGGUCCUGCUACUGCAAAUAUAAAAGAUGAAGUUUGUUUCUAAAUGCAAACCACUCCUGACCUUAGGAGUCUAAAACUCCCCCUGCUUUGUGUCUCGAAGUACGGCCAUGUGACCAUAACCUUUGCUGUGCUGAAUAAAAAGAUGUGAACUGUCAUUUCAUUGCUGCAAAACAAGUGUUAAUAAAAUGUUCUAUUUAUCCCUUUGUAAAAUGAAUACGUUAAUUUCAGUUUGAUUC